ACUUACAGUGUCAUACUUUGCCAGACUUGACUCACAAGAUGCUGAUAGUGCUAAUGCUAGGACAAAAUUUGAAGAUUGUAUUUUUAAGACUAUAUGCAACUCAAAAGAAUUAAAGUGUUUGUCAGUACGUCAUGCACAUACAUGUAGUUUUAGACCAAUAUUAUCUGGGUAUCAAAAUAAGCUACUUGACUGUAUGUCUAUUGAAGAAAAUAUAGCAAGGAAUGCAGCAUUGAGAGAGAACUUGUUUAUGAUGUUUGUAUGCAUUCAGUUACGUAUUCCACUGUUUCUAGUUGGGAAACCUGGUAGCUCAAAGUCACUAGCAAAAACCAUAAUUCAAAAUUCAAUGAGAGGACAGAAUUCCAAGAAUAAAACUCUGAAACAAUUUAAUCAUGUUCAUCUUCAUUCCUAUCAAUGCAGUGAAUUAUCAACUGCAGGUAGUAUCAAGGAUGUAUUUUACUCUGCUGUUAAAUAUCAAGAAAAAAGAAGGAAGAAUGACAGUUCCUUUGUGUCAGUUGUUGUGCUGGAUGAGGUUGGAUUGGCUGAAGCAUCUCCUUAUUUACCAUUGAAGUCUCUGCAUCCACUUUUAGAGGAUGGAACAGAAGGAACUGGUAGUACUGACACACGUAUAAAAAGAGAAGAUCGUGUAGCAUUUGUUGGUAUAUCCAACUGGGCAUUGGAUCCAGCUAAAAUGAACAGAGGAAUUUUAGUCAGGAGAAGUGAACCAUCAAUCAAUGAUCUUAUAGACAGUGCAAAAGGGAUUUGUUCUGACAAAGCUGCACAAUCACGACUUGCCCACUACUUUGAGAAUCUUGCUCGUGCAUAUCAUGAGAUAUUUAAGAACCAACCAACAGAAUUUUUUGGUCUUAGAGAUUAUUACAGUCUCAUUAAGAUGCUCCAUUGGAUGACAGAAUCAACAGGCACUAUUCUUACUGUACCUCAACUGAGGCAUGCUAUCAAACGUAAUUUUAGUGGAUUAACAGCAACUAAAGAUUUUGAUCCUUAUAAAUGUUUUCUUAAUAAGCUUCCAGAACUUAAUGAUAGCAUUCCACCUGCUUCAAAUUUGAUAAAACGAUUGCAUAACAAUGCUGUUGUUUUGUUAAAGUGUGAAAAAUCAAAAUCAUUUCUAGCAACAGCAUGUAAUGCUACAUUAGCAUUCACAGAAGAGAGAAAUAUACCAAGUCAUUUUGUGAUUCAUUGUGAAAGCCAACCUGGAAAAAAGAAAUUGUUUAUGUUUCAAAGUUUGUAUUUCCCAGAAUGUUUUAUUGCAGAAUAUAGAGGAAAGCUGUCAUUGAAAAAAGGACGCUGUUACUUUUCUGUAAAGGAAGUUAAAAGCCAUGGGAUUCAAUUAAUUUCUAUGACAUCUUCCAAACCAGUAGAAAUUGAUGAUGAAGCAAACUUUUUUCCUGUUCAUCCAGAAAAUAGCCCUGCAAAUCCUGACUGCUCACCACGUGGUCUAAUAAGAGAAAGUUUGAUUAACAGAGAUACAUCAAAACAUGGUGAAAGUCGCUAUUUGUUAUUCUUAACUGAUAAUUAUUCUUCAUUACAAAUUCUCAAGCAUUACAUAAUGAGUAGUUAUUCAAAGUCAAGUGCAUCCCAAUAUGAACCAUUUGUAUUAUUUGGCAGCAGUUUUCCAAAAGACAGAGAUUUUGCGCAGGUUUGUCGUAAUAUCAGUGAAAUUAGAUUAUGUAUGGAAACUGGUCGAAUGAUUAUUCUUUUAAAUUUGGAAAAUUUAUAUGAAAGUCUUUAUGAUCUUCUAAAUCAAUAUUAUAUUAAAAGUGGGCGUCAUCGCUAUGUUGAUCUUGGCUUACGAACUCACAGAAUGAAAUGCUCUGUCCAUGAAGAUUUUAAAGCUCAUUUAGAAGCAUUUGAAACUGAAUACGAGUUUUUGGCUAGUGUUGAUGGUGCUAUAGAUAAAGGGAAAAUAAAGCCUUUUUACCAAAUCUAUGAGUGUGAAUUUGGACAAGAUAAUGGUAACCUAAUAUCUUGCUGCCGAUGCCGCCUGGUUGACAAAAUUAAAGAACUAACUAAAGGAAAAUCAUUAACUUUAUUUGUCUUAAUUGUUCACUUGCCAAGAAAGUGUUACAAUACAGACUUCGUUAGCUUUCAAGAGUACCCCUGGAUAUGCUAUCAUGUUGAUGAGCUCAUUCCAUCAGAGGAAUCAAAAGCUCUACUGAGGCAAAUCGUUUGUCAGUCAAAUCACUUUAGUCAUCUGUUUCUUGCUGAAGGGACAGACCCAACUGCUGAUGAAUUAUUUAAUACUGUAAAUGAUCCUAACCAGUAUCUUCAAUUGUUUCCUCUUGAUGAUGCUGAACCAGUCAAUUUUUGCAGUCGAAUUCACACUUAUAUUACUGAUGCUGUAUCACAAUUAGAUCAAUCAGAAAAGAUUCAGUCAUCCCAAAAAAUUAAAAAACUGGAGAGUUUAAUAUCAAAAAAUGCACAAAGAAGUCAAAUUUUUUACUCUGUAACAAUAGCUUUAAUGAAAAGGGUGCUGGAAGAGAUGGAUGACAGUCAGUGGUGGUUUUUUGAAGAGGCAAUAAAUAUCCAACAUCUUCAAGAAGGCGGCAGUUUUAGCAAUGUUCUAAUAAGGAGAUAUGAUAAAACCUUGAAGCCACUUUUUAUUCAAAUAAUUAGAUUUAUUGAUAGGCAUUCCAACCUUCAAUUACUGAUGCCUGACUGCCUUGAUGAAAAUGAUAAACCUCUCUCUAAACUAUGGCUGGAAAUCUAUAGCUCAUGGGAGCUGUGUCAAAGUACUUUGUUCAAAAUUGUAGCUUCUCAGAAGCAUGAGAAAAUGGAUCAGAAAGUCUUUCAAUGUGCAUUCCCAUUUUCAUGGAUAAUAUACGAAUACAUCAACAAAAAAAUUGAUGAUGAUAAUGAAGGUUUGUAUUUAGUUAUUUAUAUGUGA